AUGGGGAGAGAAAAGGGCUUGGUCUAUAGCACAGCAGAGAACGCACCAGAUAGAAUUACAAAAGCAGAAGAAAAAAUGUAUCUUUGCUUAGACAUAGAUAGUGCACAGCCCAAAAAUAAUGCAUUAGCAUCUGGAAAGCCCGAAAAAAAGUACGUAUGUGUCUACACCAGCAAAAAAAGAGUCAAGUCUCUCUUAAGAUCCAUAGUUAUUAACAUGCUAGAAAACAAUGACAAAGUGCUGGAUUUUAAUGAGCUGUUUAGAGUUUUAACUAUACUAGUGGCUAAAAGCACAGAAAUCAGAGCAUGCAGCUCUGUUCCAGAGCUCCACUGUAGCAUACUGAAGGACAUAGCCAUAUCGCUCGUAGAAAAAGGCCUGGUAAAUACGAAGAUAGAAGCCUUUCAGCAUCUAUACAGCAUAGCUGACAAAAAGUCCACGCCUCUUGAGAUAUCUGGAGCAAUCGAAAAGACGUUAAAUGAUUUGCAUGGCAGCGAUCUUUUUACAAAUGUACAAAAAAAAGUUAACAACUGGUAUGGAAGUCUACUCGCUUGCAGACUGACAGAGACAGGCACAAGCGCGCGCCUUGGCUAUGCAAGAAUGAUCGCAAAUGAAGAGGCUAUUUUCAAUCCAGUGCUAAACAGGAACACAAGAGCCUAUCUGAAAAAUAUACUUUUUAGGAUAAACAAGAUAUCCAAGAGCAGCUCAAAGAAAACUGCCAAGCCAAUUCAGCUAUUCAAAAAGAACAAGCUUGGGAUAUACAACGUAGACGUUGCACUGGAGCUUGUCCAUGUCAUUAAAAAAAUGGCAGAGUAUUCGUCUUUUGAAGAAUACAGCUCGGAGUACAAGGAUGCCCUUAGAAAGCAAAAAGCUCUUUUUGAAGCUCUGUACCUAAAAUGGCCGCUGGUAAGUGCUUUCUACAACAAGCUGCACAAGGACCUCAAUUUUCUAAAAACAAAAUACACCACUCUGUUCUUGGAGGAAGAGCACGCAGCGUGCAAUGCAAGUUUACUAAGCCACCACAACAAGCCCCCUGUAAAUAUAGAUAGGAAUAGCAUUGAACAUUUUAAAGAAACUGUAUAUGAUUCCUACAGCAACUGGCCAAGCGACUUUCGAGAGUAUGCACAAAACAGGAUAAUGAGACUGGAGAACCACCUAUACAUUAAUGAGAUGGCCUGGCACAAUAGAAGCCUCCUCAGCAAGCAUAAGAUAGUAGGAGGGUGCUAUUUUAUGGUUAUAAUGAUCUUAGGGACCGUAGGCAUCCUGUGCAGCUCCAAUGCCAUUUUCUUGGCAGAGUAUAUGUUUUUUUUAAAUAACGAGCUCUUUGCCUAA